UCCUGGGUCAGGGAGAGUUUACUGCAACAGGCAGGGCGGAACUGCAUUUUGUACCAUGUCGAAGAGAAGACCUUUACAUAACUUAAUAAUUCAGGUGUCAGUGGGCUAGGUGAAAUAUCCAGUUCGUUGAACGACUUCGCAGAUCGUACUGGGACUUGUUUAUGAGUGUUUUGGCGUUGUCCGAACUUUUCUCGCAUUCUUCCCCAGCGUAUUUUUCACUCAGAGAGGCGGCGGCGGAGCGCUCGGCAGCCAUCUUUGGAGCUUGCCUGGGAGUGGGAACUGACUACUGUGGCACCCCAGUUUACUUCAAGGGUGGGCAUUUUAAUCUUUAGUAAUUUCACUGACGUGCUCGGUGAAAUCGGCCGACAGCGUGAAGAACCACGGGGAUUUAGCUCAUGAAGCUUCCGUGCUGGGAAUGCAACUGGAAAAGUAUUUUAUAAUCCCAAACUGUUUUGAAGUGUACACCACUCUGCUCGUCGCUCAGAGCUGCUGGCCUGUCAGAGCAGGCUCUGAACACAUAUGAAAUCACUGUCCUGCAGAUGAGCCGUCACAGGGGGCUUUUCCGUCGCUGUCGCAGACCCAGAUAGUUCCUGGCGACAGCGGCAUUGCCCCCAACUCCCCAGUAUGCCCAACAACAGCCGGGUGGGGAACCUGAAGGACCCCGAAAUCUCAGAACUCUUCUUCAGGGAGGAUCCAGAAAAGCUCUUCACAGAUCUGCGUGAAAUUGGACAUGGCAGCUUUGGAGCUGUAUAUUUUGCACGGGAUGUGCGGUCUAAUGAUGUGGUGGCCAUCAAGAAGAUGUCUUAUAGUGGGAAACAGUCCAAUGAGAAAUGGCAAGAUAUAAUCAAGGAGGUGAAGUUCCUGCGGAGAAUACAACACCCGAAUAGCAUAGAGUACAAAGGAUGUUACCUGCGAGAGCAUACUGCUUGGCUGGCAAUGGAGUACUGUCUAGGCUCAGCCUCAGAUUUGUUAGAAGUUCACAAGAAACCCCUCCAAGAAGUUGAAAUAGCUGCUAUUACUCAUGGUGCUCUUCAAGGAUUGGCUUAUCUUCACUCCCACAACAUGAUUCACCGUGACAUCAAGGCAGGAAACAUCUUAUUGACCGAACCCGGUCAGGUGAAACUAGCAGACUUUGGCUCGGCCUCCAUUGCCUGUCCAGCAAAUUCAUUUGUUGGGACUCCAUAUUGGAUGGCUCCAGAGGUCAUAUUGGCUAUGGAUGAGGGCCAGUAUGAUGGAAAGGUGGACAUCUGGUCUUUAGGAAUAACUUGCAUUGAAUUAGCUGAGAGGAAGCCUCCACUGUUCAACAUGAAUGCAAUGAGUGCCUUGUACCAUAUAGCACAGAAUGACAGCCCAGUUCUGCAGUCUACUGAAUGGACGGAUUAUUUUCGAAAAUUUGUGGAUUCUUGUCUUCAAAAACUUCCUCAGGAAAGACCAAACUCUGAGGAGCUCCUAAAGCAUGCAUUUAUCCUGCGUGAACGACCGGAAUCAGUCCUAAUAGAUCUGAUAAAUCGGACCAAAGAUGCAGUGAGGGAACUAGACAAUCUGCAGUAUCGUAAGAUGAAGAAGAUCUUGUUUCAGGAAGCCCACAAUGGCCCCUCAACUGAGGCGCACGAUGAAGAUGAGGAGCCAGAGCACAGUGUAAGUAGAACGGGCACAGUGAACAGCGUUGGGAGCAACCAGUCCAUACCCAGCAUGUCUAUCAGUGCUAGUUCCCAGAGCAGCUCCGUCAACAGUCUGACUGAUGCGGGCGAUGACAAAAGCGAGCCGGACAUGGAUGGAGACGGCACAGUGAUGUCCAACAGCUCAGUGAUCAAUCUCAAACCUGAACAAGAUAUGUGUAAUGAAGAGUCAGAGCCUCACAGCAGAGCCACAACAGAGCCACAAUCUCCCCCUGCACAAACUCAAAGACCAAGACGAAACCGUGAAGACUUCGCAACAAUACGCACAGCUUCAGCGCUCACACGCCAGAUGAAGGAGCAUGAGCAGGACUCCGAGUUAAGAGAGCAGAUACUGGGCUACAAACGAAUGAGGCGGCAGCAUCAGAAACAACUGCUGGCUCUGGAAAACAAGCUGAAGACUGAAAUGGAUGAACACAGGCUCCGUCUGGACAAGGAGCUGGAGACCCAGAGGAAUAACUUUGCCCAAGAGUUGGAGAAGCUGGUCAAGAAACACCAAGCAUCUGUGGAGAAAGAUGCAAAAACAUUCAGCAACGAUGAAAAGAAGUUUCAACAUCAUAUCCAGAGUCAGCAGAAAAAAGAGCUAAACAGCUUCCUGGAAUCCCAAAAACGGGAAUACAAGCUUCGCAAGGAGAAACUGAAAGAGGAACUGAAUGAAAACCAGUCAACGCCCAAGAAAGAAAAGCAGGAGUGGUUGACCAAGCAGAAAGAGAACUUCCAAAACCUCCAAGCAGCAGAAGAGGCCAACCUGCAGCACAGACAAAGGCAGUACCUGGAGCUGGAGUGUCGCAGGUUCAAAAGAAGAAUCUUGAUGGCUCGCCACAUAAUUGAACAGCAGCAUUUGCGAGAGGAGUUAAACAAGCGUCAGACCCAGAAGGACUUGGAGCACGCCAUGCUUCUCCGGCACCACGAGUCCAUGCAAGAGCUUCAGUUCCGCCAGCUUAACAACAUCCAAAAGACGAGGGUCGAGCUGAUCCGUCUGCAGCAUCAGACAGAGCUCACCAAUCAGCAGGAGUACAACAAAAGGAGAGAGAGAGAGCUUAGACGCAAACAUGCCAUGGAGGUUCGUCAGCAACCCAAGAGUCUCAAGUCCAAAGAGCUCCAGAUCAAAAAGCAGUUGCAAGACACAUGUAAGAUCCAGACCCGGCAGUAUAAAGCACUGAGAAACCACUUGUUGGAGACCACGGCAAAGUCCGAGCACAAAGCUGUCCUUAAACGACUGAAGCAGGAGCAGCAUCGCAAACUCGCCAUUUUAGCAGAGCAGUAUGACCAGUCCAUCAAUGAAAUGCUCUCAACUCAGGCGUUACGCCUGGAUGUGACUCAGGAAUCCCAGUGCCAAGCAUUACGGAUCCAGCUACAGCAGGAGCUGGAGCUUCUCAACGCCUACCAGAGCAAGAUCAAGAUGCAGACGGAGGCCCAGCAUGACCGUGAGAAGAAUGAUCUGGAACAAAGGGUAUCACUCCGAAGAGCACUACUGGAGCAAAAGAUUGAGGAAGAAAUGCAGUCCUUACAAAGCGAACGCACAGAGCGAAUCCAGAACCUGCUGGAACGUCAAGCCAGAGAAGUUGAGGCUUUUGACUCAGAGAGUAUGCGCCUGGGCUUCAGCAACAUGGUGCUAGCAGACAUCUCCCCCGAGGCUCUCAGCAAUAGUUUUCCCGGGGCUCCAGGAGGUUACAGCCAACAUCAGCACCUGCGCCCCUCUUCAAGUUCUCAAGGGCCGCAAUGGGGUAGCCGGGGUUCGAGCUUAAGUUCUAAUCACAGAGGCAGCCAUCACCACUAUCACUCCAGUCCCGGAGGGUCACCUAUGCAGCAAGCCUGGGGGCAAGGCUCACCGGGUGGAAGGGGUCAGAUGUCCUGGGGUCACCCACAAGGUGGAGCCCUGAUUUCUCGCAGCCCACAGGCAAUGGGAGGGCGCGGUGAGCAGGGUAUGAGCAGGAGUUCCAGUGUCACCUCACAAAUAUCCAACGGGUCGCACCUUUCCUACUCUUAGAUGCCCUGCCUGCUAUGGAGUCACUUUAUAUAGAAAAUCUAACAGCAGGAAAAUGUACUGGCUUUGCUCUUGUCCUCUCUCUGCCUGUGACACUAUCUCAAAACUUCUCCCCUGUACAGAUGUGGAUGUGUGGUGAAAUAAAUGUUGCUCAGGUCAAAAGGGGCAGGGAAAAGCCCACCCCAUCCUCAAGGCAGUUUAUCAGCACACAUACAGAUUCUGAAAUGCAUGUUACACAAACAUGAGUAUGAAUAAGUAAGUCUCAUUUGUUUUUAUUUACAGUUCUCUUCUACAGAGGACAUUUUUUAAAGACAUACGUUUGUGCUAUUCACAGCCAUUGCUCUCGUUUUGCACAUAAAACACCACUCUAAAGCCUUUGACGUUUUUUUAAGUGUAGAUUCAAACAUAACAUAAAACUGAUUUAGGUUCAGGACCAUCAUCACUUUGAUCUUCCCAUUUGUGUUUAGAAAUGCACUGGCCAAUCUGUCUGUGGUACGGUAGAGAACCCCUCAGAAAAAACUGGGGAUGCUUUGCUGUUGUCUACCAGCCUGCUGUACUGGUCAUCGAUGGUCUUUGUGAUAAAUUAGGCUCCUUCUUUUUUAUUAUUUGGUUUUUAUUGAGACAUUUUGUUCCACCUUAAUUCUUGAAGAUUAACCAAAAAACAGAACUUCGCAAAUACAGAACCAAACAAAUCUAAUUGCUUUAGACGUGUGCUUCUACUAACACUGUGCCUUUUUUAAGCUUUGAUAACCCAGUUCAGUUUCAGAUACGUAUUGAUCUCUGGUCUUUAGGCUGGGAUGUUAUUUCCAGCCCUCCCAGAUGGUUUUGCAUAAAUUUAUAUUAAUUAAAUAUAGCGAGGAGAAACAAAGUCAAAGCUACUUUGGCAUGUUGGUGUUUUUUUUUUUGUUUUUUUUUAUGCCUGAGGGUGAUACUUCAGGGGUAAACUUUACCUCUGCAGAGAAUGUCACUUGUUAGCCUUCAAAAACAAUCUUAGUGCUAAUCUUUAUUUUUUAUUAGUGCCUUUUAAAACUGCUGCCUUUUGCAAAGCACUUUAUACAGCUCAACGAGUGUAAGAUUAAUAUUUGACUUCUUUUCUCGAAGCUCCCGGUGAACGAAUGUUUCAUUGGUACGCAUGUAGAGAAGUCCGACUUACCUGUGCUGUGAUUUUUUUUUUUUUUUCCUAGGAGUAUCAGCAAGAGGCUAUUGGAUGUUAACAGACACUAUAUGAGCAUUUUCCAAAUUUUACAGCUUUGUUCUUUGAGUCUGUAGCUGUUUGUUACUGCUUCUGUUUGUGUUUCUGUGGGACGUUGACUGAACAGAAAAUGUGACGAUGCUACAGUGUUUUUAGUUAUGUACAGAUGACCGUUUCAAUGAAACCAACUGAACAAAGUUAACUGAGAAAUCUUUUAUGUGUAGACAGUGAGUUAUGACCAAGACAACAGGCUUUGCGCUACUGAACUUAAGCACUACUUUUGAAAAUAAAAAGUUGAGGCCUAAAUUAAAAGAAAAACACUAAAGGUUAGUAGAGAUGUAAUUGUUGAGCUCAUCCAACACACUGGCAAGGACCUGCAGGGCUGUAGACACAUUACCAUGCAUAAGCAUUGAUACCCAUUGAACUUUUUCCACAUUUUGUCACAUUAUAACCACAAAGUAAAGUUAUUGGGAUUGUAUGUGAUACUCCAACACGAAGUAGCACGUAAUGGUAAAAUAAAAAACAUACAUGGUCUUUAUAACUUGUACAAAUAAAAAUCGGAAAUGUGUGUUGUGCAUUCAUCAGCCCUCAUAAAUUUAUAGUUUUUAAAACUGCCUUUUGAUGCACUUCCACCUACAAGUGUUUUGGAGUAUUUCUGUGCUACAUUUGCAAAUGUAGAAACAGAAUCUUUUUCCAUUUCUUCUUUGGGAAAUAUCUCACGUUCAGUCAGAUUGCAUCUGUGAACAUCUGUUUUCAAGUCUUGCCACAGAGGGGUCUGUCGAAUUUGACUUUGCCAUUCUGAUAAAUGUGUGUGCUUUGAUUUAUAGAUCAAAGCUUUUUCUUCUCAUUGGUCCUCUUACAGUUUUAGGUCUUUAACAGUCUCAACAAUCCUUUUUAUUUCGUAGGGUAACUGUUUAUAUCCAUCCAUGCAUCCUCCCAUUAACUCUGACCGGGGUCCCUGUUCCUUCAAAAGAAAAGCAUCCCCACAGCAUGCUGCUUCCCACAGUGGGAAUGGUGUUUUCAGGAUGGUGUGCAGUGGUAGUUUUCCACCACACGUAGCUUUUGCAUGGUGAUCAAAGUUGAGUUUGCCCUAUCCUCUGCAUCACCUUUGGCAAAACCUUUACUGGACUUGCAUCUUUCUUUGAACAACUGCUUUCUUCUUGCCACUCAGCCAAGAUCAAUAGAUGUCCUACCUGAAUAUUCUUCCACCUGAGCUGUGGAUCUAUGCCACUCCUCCAGAGUUACCUUGGACCUUUUUGCUGUUUCUCUGGUUACGGUUUCCAUGUAUGCCAUACACAUUUCAUUUUUGGAUCGUGUGUUCCUUGGACUUCAAGAUGUGUUAGUUUUUUAAAGUUCCCUGUCAAAGAUUUUAAGCCUCUACAGAACAGCUGGAUUUAUACCUAAUGGCUGUUUUCAGAAGGCAUUCAGUUGCACUAGAUUUUAUUUUUCUUUAUCAGAUUAUCUUUUAGUCCAAAAGAAAUAAAACCUAAUCAAAGACUUUGACGUUUGUGGUUGUAACUUGACAAAACAUGAAAAGUUAAAGGGUUGUAAGUACCCCAUUAUUCUGAGUUCCAUAGGAUCAGUUUUCUGCUUUCUAGCCAACAAAGUGCCUCCUUUUAACUUUUUAGAAGAUCAUUUUCAGGAAAGAUGAAAGGCCAGAUAGUUUGGGUCUGUGCUCCUAAGACUCAGUUGGAGAUACUCACGUUUUUCAUGUUCUUUAGGCGCUUGCUCAAAGUGUUUACCUGAAAAACAUUUUCUGAGCUUGAUGUCACAGUAUCGGCCCUCUUCUUUCGUACGUCUCAUCUAGUUGUGUGGAAGUAGCUUAUUUGAAAGACGUUCUUAGUCCAGUUGUUAUUCCUCAUUCUUGUAUUCACAAUCAUCUCCUUUAAAUGCCACUUAUGAAGUCAGCUGAGCAUUACUGAAUGUUUUUUCUCAGUGCUGCCUGCGCACCUUCAAGGAUUUUGUUCUCGUUCCAGAGUGAUUCUUAACUGUUAUUAAACUUAGUUUCUGGCUCUUCCUGAAUGAUGUUCUUUGACAUCUUCCAGUCACAUCUGAGGACACAAAAUGUGGUGGCAUCUUUAUUUUUUCGUUUCAGGUUGGAGUUUAAUUUCUGUAUAUACUUCAUUACAGAAAGUUUGGACAUUAUCAAGUAACAUAGUACUGUAUAUGGCCCCAAAAACUGUUUUAUGCCUACUUCUACUUUAUCCAAGUAAGUUGUAUUCAAUCCUCUUCUGAUUUUCAUCUUUUUUUUAAAUGCUUGGUUGAAAAGAAAAUCAGAAAGUACUAAUAAUUGGAGUUUUACCACACAUCAAAAGCCAAGACCAAGUGUUUGAAUGUUGAACCAAUCAAACCUCACAUACAUGCCAAGUUUUACAUUGAUAUGGACAAUUAUGCUCACUGUAAUGCCACAUGUGGCUAAAUCUAGAUGUUUCCGCCAGUCAAGUCACCUCAUAAGCCCCUAGUUUUUGUUUAUAGUUUUUAUUGUUUCAUAUAACUCAGUUUUUACAUCCUACUGACUGAAAGCAAGUCGGAUACAGGAUUGUGAAUCGGUAACUGAAAAGGAUUCUUUCUACGGUCAAACACUGUGCCAUACCAGAGUCGCCAAGCCCGAACAUCAGUGCAUCUGUUUCAUCUCCAUGCUUUCACCUGUUGGGGGACUGUUGGUUAGAAAUGAAUCAUGAAGAUCAGUUGGUUCUGGCUUUGAGAUUAAAGUAAUAAAGGGUCAGUUAAACAAUGGUGGAGUUACAGACAAAUGAUGAAAAGAUUGCAUUUCUUUGAAGAUGUCAGUAUUCUUUGGCACAUGACCACUACAAUUUAUAACUUGUAUUAAAAUGUAUAGAUGGUGGAGCUUGUAAUUGAAUGUCAGAUGUUAUGAAGAUACAUGAGAGAUGGUAAAGAACUAAAGGUGGAUUUAAAUUGUGUAAAAAAACAAGAUGGAACAAAAUAGGAUCCAUUACUAUAUUGUUUGUAUUGUAUUUACCAUUGUGUUGGCAGAGGGACAUCGAACAGAAAUCAGCUGUAAUAAAGUAAUUUUAGUAUAA